CGUGACAAAAUUUUAGUUGUACCGAAAAGAUGAGCAAAUAAGAUACAGAUCAUAUAAGAUAAGACUGGUCUGCUAUUGAUUGGUUCUUUCCAAAAACACAUAUAGAAAUAUUUAUCAACUACCGGUGUAAUGUGGAAGCUUCUUGACAUUUGUCAUGAAGGCGUGUUUACACGCUUUGAUUGUUGUUCAAUUACAAGUUGAUUAACAAUUAAAAACAAAUUGAAUAGUAUAAAGUAGUGUAUUCAUUGUUGAAUCAGAUUUUAAUUGUUGACCGAUCAGUAGUUGAUCAAAAAAGCUUAACAAAAAUUGAAACACGCCCUAAGAAUUUAAAAUAAUACAGAAACGGCGCAAUAGAAAAGUUAAUAGUUUAUCUGUGAUAGAAUACCAUGUGAACAGUGACAUUUACUACAACAAUAUUUUAUAAUGUAAUUCAAAAUAUAUUUAAAGCAAAGAAGAAGGUUAAAUCUCGAGUAAAAAAUAUUAAAAACUUGUGAAAUUAAUUUAUAUGGAGUGAUAUAAUAAUGGACAUUGACAAUUCGGAGUUAGAUAACCUUAACUAUAGUCAGGAAUGUAGUAGUUCUGAAGAUUCUCGUGCAUCUGAGAAAUGGACUUACACACGCCGAAGAUACAUGCAGGAAGUAAUACCUGAUGUGUUUCUUGGACCAUACAGUGCAGCCAGUUGCUCCAAUCUGCAAUAUUUGCUAGAUCAUAAAAUAACACAUAUAAUCUGCGUCAGACACAUCACUGAGGCAAACAUUAUAAGACCCAACUUCCCUGAUAGAUUUAAGUAUCUGGUUUUAGAUAUUGCCGACACAAUAACAGAAAAUAUCAUCCAGCACUUUAGGACGGUAAAAACGUUUAUCGACGAAGGUUUGCAAUUAGGUGGCCGGAUUCUGGUUCACGGAAAUACCGGUAUUUCAAGAUCUGCUGCAUUAAUCUUAGCGUAUAUCAUGGAAACAUAUGAUCUUUCAUACAAAUGCGCAUUCUUGUUAGUGAAACAGCAAAGAUUUUGCAUAAGUCCUAACAAAGGCUUUGUGAUGCAAUUAAUGGAAUAUGUUCCUAUUUAUAAAGCUUACAAGAUGCAGAAAGACAGUCAAUAUCGUUCGGAAAAUCAACAUAACAAACGAACGAUUCAUCAGGUAGAGGAAGACAAUUAGACAAUGGAUCAAACAACGUAAAGAUUAAAAAAACAUGAGUGAAAAUAUUAAUAAACAAUUUUAUUUAAAGUCUUUGGUAUACACGCGUCUUUUU